GUGCUAAACUCUGUCGUUUAAUUCCAAUUAAAUGAAGAACCCAGUCCCUGAUACCUACCUGUAAUUCCCAAUCUCUUUUCUCAAAUAUCUGCUGCCGUUCCACUAGUUGCAAACUUCUAGCCUGCACCUCGCCGCGCCACCUCCACUUCUCGACGGCGCUCCCGCUGAUCUGCUGCGCUGAAUUGCACUGCACUGCUCUCCAUCGAGCUCUCUCUCGUUGCUUUCUGUUUCUCCGUCGCAAACGGUUGCCCUUCGACCUUAGUGACUGUGUAUUGAAAGAAACAUCCCACCUCUGCCAGAGACUUAUAGCUCUGAAACCCCUACAAAAGGCGCGAAAAGAAGUAGAAGAAGGAGUGCCAUGUUGAGGAAAUUGUUAGCAGAAGGCGCGGUGCGGCAGCCAUUCUGGCGCAUGUUAGCAAGUCGUCGUUCGACCACCAGCAUCUCCAAUGCUGUGGACUCCAUGUUGCUCCGCUCUCUCAAAGAACACUAUCUCGAAGUCUCCAAAAUGAACCCUCCUCCCAAAGUAAGCCCACCAUCAGCCUUUACCAUAGUGAAAGGAGCUCUUGAUGGGAAUGGCCCUGUUCUCACUAGAACCUAUAGCAGUGAGGAAAUUAAAAUCUCUGUAAUGCGGUUGGCCAAUAUUAUACCUGGAGGCGGAGGGGAGGAUGACGAGGAUGACAUAAAUCAGUUAUUCCUUCAUGUGGAUGUGUCAAAGCCUGGACAGGAAAAAUCUUUGCAUUUUCUUUGUGGUCUGUAUCCAGAUGCAUUAGGAAUUCACUCUGUUCAAUUGAGACCAAAGAUUGAUGACUCUGGGCUUCAUGAGGAUCCAUAUGGAUACAAUGGCCCUCAAUUUGGGGAACUUGAUGAAAAGAUGAGAGAUGCACUCCACAGUUACAUCGAAGAAAGAGGUGUGAAUGAGAGUCUCUUUAAUUUUCUCCAAGCAUGGCUAUAUGUGAAGGAGCAUCGGAACGUUAUGCGCUGGUUUAAAACAGUGGGGGGCUUCAUUAAUGAAAAUAAAUCAGCUAAAACUGUGUAACAGUGUGUUAAGGUGGGUUUAUAAAGGGGUUCAUGUACUGCUUCCUAGUUGGUGGUCUAUCUGCUUUUUGACUACCUGGCGAAUAUUAUGGGUUAAAUUAUAUUACUAUUUUCAAGUUAUAAAUGUUAGUAAUGUUUUAAUUUUCUGGUUCA